UUCUUCAUUAUUAUUAUUAACUUCCAUUCCAUUGAUCAAUCAAAUCAAUGGCAAGAAUAGUCGCCGAGGACAAUAGUACUUCCCAUACUUUCUCCAUGUCUCCAACGCUUGGAGAUCUCCUCAAACGCGUCGGAGAUAUCUCCACCGCCCCAAACGCCGUCCAAACCCCCGACCAUCAAAUUCUCGACAUUUACAAUAACCCAUUUGAUCUCCGCCCACUUCCUUUCCUUCUCUCAUUCACAAACCUAACUUACUCCGUCAACAAACCUACUAAGUUCUCCCUCCCCUGUUCCACCACAACCAAAUCAACAAAGCUCCUCUUAAACGAUGUCUCCGGCGAGGCUCGCGACGGCGAGAUCAUGGCCGUACUCGGAGCUAGUGGCUCCGGGAAAUCAACUUUGAUAGAUGCUUUAGCUAAUAGAAUCUCUAAAGAAAGUCUUAAAGGAAAAAUUACUUUAAACGGUGAAAACCUUGAAUCUCGUUUGCUUAAAGUUAUCUCUGCUUAUGUUCAACAAGAUGAUCUUCUUUAUCCAAUGUUAACUGUUGAGGAGACUCUCAUGUUCGCUGCCCAAUUUCGUCUUCCACGAACUCUGUCUAAUAACAAGAAGAAGCUUCGUGUUCAAGCAUUGAUUGAUCAGUUGGGACUUCGUAAUGCUGCUGGAACUGUCAUCGGAGAUGAAGGUCAUAGAGGUGUUUCCGGCGGUGAACGUAGAAGGGUUUCGAUUGGAAUUGAUAUCAUUCAUGACCCGAUUGUUCUAUUCCUCGACGAACCCACGUCGGGUUUGGAUUCCACGAGUGCAUUUAUGGUGGUGAAGGUUCUCCAGCGAAUUGCACGGAGUGGAAGUAUCGUGAUUACGUCGAUUCAUCAACCGAGUUAUCGAAUCCUCGGUUUACUCGACAAACUCAUUUUCCUAUCGCGUGGACAGACCGUUUUCAGUGGUUCACCGUCAAGCCUGCCUCGAUUCUUUGCUGAUUUCGGUUCGCCAAUACCCGAUAAAGAAAACAGGACUGAAUACGCCCUGGAUCUUAUCAGAGAUCUUGAAGUAUCCGAAGGAGGAACGAAAAAGCUGGUGGAAUUCAACAAAACCUGGCAAUCUAAUUCACAAACCCAAACCCAAACCCACGAGAAUCCAAUCCAAGAAAUGUCGUUGAAAGAAGCCAUAACCGCUAGCAUAUCUCGCGGUAAGCUCGUCCCCGGAACCACCGCUUCAGGCGGAGGCGCCGCCUCCUCCUCCUCGAUAGUACCCACUUUCGCAAACCCGAUGUGGAAAGAGCUUGUCGUGUUGUCGAAACGUUCCAUAACGAACUCCAGGAGAAUGCCUGAAUUGUUCGCCAUCCGCUUCGCCGCGGUUCUAGUUACCGGAUUUAUUCUAGCCACGGUGUUCUUAAAACUCGACAACUCCCCAAAAGGAAUCCUCGAACGCCUCGGUUUCUUCGCGUUCACAUUAUCAACAACGUUCUACACAUGUGCAGACGCCCUCCCUGUUUUCCUACAAGAACGCUACAUUUUCAUGAGGGAGACCUCUCAUAACGCCUACCGCCGAUCCUCCUACGUUCUCUCAAACGCAAUAACUUCCCUCCCAGCUCUUAUCUUCCUAGCAUUAUCGCUAUCAAUUGUGACGUUUUGGGCGGUUGGACUCGACGGAGGAAUAUCCGGUUUCUUCUUCUACUUCAUAAUAAUCCUGGCCUCAUUCUGGGCAGGAAGUUCAUUCGUAACAUUCCUCUCAGGCGUAGUCCCACAAGUCAUGCUCGGUUACACAAUCGUGGUAGCAAUCCUAGCUUACUUCCUCCUAUUCAGCGGUUUCUUCAUAAACAGAAACCGAAUCCCAUCUUAUUGGAUAUGGUUUCAUUAUCUUUCUUUAGUGAAAUAUCCAUAUGAGGCUGUUCUUCUUAACGAGUUUCAAGAUCCCGUCAAGUGUUUCGUUCGUGGAAUUCAGAUCUUCGAUAAUUCGCCGCUUGGGGAGGUGCCGGAGGCGUUGAAGGUGAAGCUUUUGGGGAGUAUGAGUAGUACUUUGGGAAUGAAUAUUACUCCGACCACCUGCUUGACUACCGGAGCUGACAUACUCCGGCAACAGGGGAUUACUGAUUUGAGCAAGUGGAAUUGUUUGUGGGUUACAGUUGCAUGGGGUUUCUUUUUUAGAAUCCUGUUUUACUUUUGUUUGUUGCUUGGUAGUAAGAACAAGCGACAUUAAAUCAUUAAUUCAUUUUAAUAGUUUUUUUAAUUAAGAAUGAUCAUGUUAUACUUAUAUUCCUUUUACUUGGGAAUAAUAA